AUGGCCAUAACUUUGACGACCCUGCCCUCUCAACCCGCAACGUUCUUCAAACCGCAAGCUCUCAAGUCAUCAACAAUAUCCCCGCCCAAGGUCUCCCCUACGGCACCAACAGAAUCCUCCCUUCUCCUUACCCUCCUAAUCUACCGCUUCGGCAUCUUCCGCGAUCGCUGGGCGCUCUUCCUGCGUCGCUCCCCGACCGACCCGACCGGCAUCCUCCUGCACAUGCGCGACGAUGGUGACGGGCAGUUCCGCUUCGAGAUCAAGCGCAACUAUGACACACGCAUGGCGGCGGCGCCACACCCGGCUAUGAUUGACCUGGCGUGGGUUGGCAAAGAAAACUUUGGGGAUGACAACGAGGAGAAUAUGUGGAAAAAGGGGGUUUAUUUUGUCGAGAGGCCGGGAGUGCCGACAUGUCGGUUUGAGGAGGUGAUUGCGAGGGCGGGGGGCGAGGGGUUUAUGGGGAGUGUGUAUGCGCAGGUACAGAAAGAGGGCUACUGGCUUCGCCCGGCCAACGCAAGCUGUCAGCUUUGGGUGAUCGAGGCCGUGCAGCGUCUCGUGGUUGAGGGCAUGGUUGGCGAGGAGGUACUCGGCUUCUUGCGCGCGAGGAGGCAGCAGUGA